AUGUCUUUAAGAGAACUGGUAGUGGGUUCAACCCAAAUGUUGGUGGAGAGUGUAUUGAGGAGAAUCAAUGAAAACUUACUGAAUUAUUUUAUUAAUUUGCCGGAAAGCAUUUGGUUGAGUGGGUUUUUAGACCAAGUGAAUUUAAGGGACGUAAUGUUUAAUACAAGAGCAUUCUCCAAUGAAUGGUAUUCUUUAGAUAUACCCUUCAGACUUAAGUAUGGACAUAUAAGAAGAGCAAGUAUUCAGGUUUUGCUAGCUCAAUCAAAGCUUGUAAUGGAAGUUGAAGGGGUAGUAUUAAUUGUAGGCCCAAAUUUAGCUUAUAAAUCAUAUGAAGAUGUAAUAAGGAAUUCAAUGGACAAUGUAUUUGGUUUGGUUGAGCUUUUUAAGCAUAUUCAAACAAUCAGAUAUAAUAAUGAUAACUUCGGGGAAAAUUUAGGAUCCCAAAAAGGGGAAUCUUCAGAAGGUAUAUUCAAUUUCAAUUCUUCAAGUAAAGAAGGGUUGAAUGCAUUACUUAGAUGGCUUUUUAGGUAUGUCCCUGAUUUGUCUCUAAGUAUUAGAAACCUAUAUAUUCGUUAUGAAGAUGAUGUAUUGGAUAGUUAUCACCCAAUGUCAGCUGGAAUACACAUUAACUCUGUUACAAUUAAUCCUGCCAGAAACUGUUGGGAGUUUCAGUGGCCAACCGACGAGAAAGAACAAGUUGAAUUUGUUUCAAAAAGUAAUCCAGAUUCUAAUAUUGAUCAAACUAACGUAGACAAACAACAGCAUCCUCUUUCUAUUAAUAAUUCGAAUGCAGAUCCCAGAGGUAUUUUUAGUAUUAAAAUUAAAGGUUUAAGUGCUUUCUGGGAUGAUGAGUCUGCUCCAUUUAUUCCUGUCUCAUUACUGGAGCAAACUGAGGCUUCAAAUGAUAAGUUUGGGGUGUUUUCAGCAGUAACUAUUGAUGAUAUCCAGAAUCUCGUAAACUCCAAUUUGCAGUAUCAUACCAGAAUAAUUUCCAAUCUUAAUGUUUCUGCUCAGUUUGGGUUUGUAAAUCCGUUCAUUCACAAAAUUUCCGCUGAAAAAGGUGGACAUAAUAAUGGCCAAUUCGCCCAAAACUCUUCAUCUGAACCAAUAUCUUCUCAAGAUUCCUCAUCUUCUUCUUCUUCCAAAAAUACAAAUAAUGAGAAUAACAAAUAUAUAGCAAAAGACUACUUGAACGAUUACUAUACUGGCUCUAAUAUUGCUACACUGCUGAAUAUAAAUAUUCUAAGUGGAUUUGAAAUGAAUAUUUAUCCACAAAUGAUUCACGGAUUGGUUAGGUUCGUAACUUUGUAUAACCAAUUUCAAUUUUGGACUCAAGUAAGGAGGUUUAGACCAAUUGAAAGACCUGGUAGUGGAAAGACACCAGCUGAAGUUAGAGCUAUUUGUAGAGACUGGUGGAUCUUCAGUCUUAAAUAUUACAGAAACAUCAAAUAUAAAGACAGUAAACACAAUAGUCUUAAAGAUGAAAUCAAUUACAGGAUUGAAAGAAAAAGAUAUAUCAAAAUUAUCAAAAAAUGGAAAUGGAUCGAAUUCAUGAUUAAUGGUCAAAAACCUGUCUCUGAUUCUGGAACUAUUAUUCACAGAAACCGUAAUAAUGAAUAUGGUGCAUGCACUUUUGGCGGGAAAAAUGGGAAUGCUGAAACAGUAAAGAUGGACGAAUAUGCUAAAGGUAUAGGAUCUCCAAUUUCAUUCUUGGAUUCAAAUUUGUCAUCUUUUUUUGGACUAAAUUCUCAAAUGAUUAAUCAUUUGAGUAGAUAUUGGCAAUAUGAUGUUGAAAUAUUACAAAAGGUAUCCGAGAAGAGUGAUGACAUGAGAUGUAUACUGGCUGUAUUACAACACCACUCUUACUGGGUGGUAUCUCAGUGGCAUAUUUUGGCUGAACGUGAGUUUGAGAUUGAGUUUGCUUUGUUUCAAAACAGUUCGACAUUCCAAAAUAAGCAAAAAAAAGUUACAGAUAUGUUUUCUGGGGCAGAUCAUAAUAUGGACAUUAAAACAAAAAAUAUCUUAACUUUAUUGGCCUACGGUCUUCAUAUUCAGACUGAGUCAUCUUUAUGGGAAUUGAUAAGCAGCUUAAGGGAAAGUUAUACAAAUUUCAUUAAGAGAAUAACACAAGACAACGAAUUGAGUAAACGUAUUAAGGAAAGUCUUCAAUUUAAGUCAUUACUAUUGAAUGGGGGAUCUGUCUUUGAGUUUGGGCUACCCUCAGGAAUUUCUGCAGGAGUACCUGCUCAAAUAUCUAAUUUGAUACAAGAAAACAUAGAAAGACAUCCAUAUGUCAUUUUUGGAUCAGGAGUCUUUAAGAGGGGUUUAUUUGAAACUGAGAUUUUGUCAGACUUCUUUGGUGUAAGCUUGAAUCCCAGAUUUCUAAUGAAAAAGCAUGAUUGGCAUGCAAUUAGGCUUAGGUUACAUUUAUGGGGAAGAUUCUAUGAUGAUUAUUUUGAAGCUUUCCCUUUAGCAAUUUCUGAGACUAUAGAGAUCAGCCAAUUAAUGAACUUGAGUUAUCACUUGGACUUCCAACAGAUGAACAAGUUGUUUAGUAUUUCAAUGAAAAGUGAUUCUCUUUGCUUUUCAACUUUGGUUUCCUCGCAGACAACAGAAUCAUAUCCAAUGGAAGGCAUGGAUAUGUCCAUGGGAGUUAAAAACGUAACCAUGGCAAAACCAAAGAAUCAACAGGUAUCAGUUUCUGAGAGAGAUCAAGAACGGUCAUCAUCUUUGCCAUUUCCAUCUUCCUUGAGUAAGUUUGAAAAGAAUGAGAGCAGGAAUGAUAUAGAUCAUGGAGAAAGAAAUCAUACUAAUAGGAUUGAAAUAUCAAAUUUAAGUAAAUCUGGUACUGGUAUAAAUCAAGGAAAUAAAGAACACUCAAGUAUUGAGUCCAAUGAAAUGGUUGAAGAAGAAAGUAUAAUAAACAAUUCAUCAGUUAAGAAGGAGGCUUUUAAGUUUGAGAAAAAGCUUCCAAAUGUAUUUAAAGGAUCUUCUAAUGUUCCUGAAUGGCUAAGUGAUUUGGCUGGUCCUGGAAUUAGCCUUCCCAAGAUCAUUUCAAAUAAAAUCAUUGGGUUUUGUAUUCCUAAAUUUGAAAUUAAUAUCUGUCAUUUGGUUAGUGAAAAUAAAAAUUCUUUUGGGAGUACCGGGAAUAAUGUGGGUAAUAAAAAUAUAACAGGUACCGGAGAUGUAACUUUGGGAGACACAGGAUAUAAUGCUAAUACUACAAAUGACAUAAGCGGAAUAAAGAGAAAUUAUCACUCUUUAAUGCGAUAUUUCAGUAAAAACCACCAUGAAAGGAAUAUUGAUCCGGCAACAAGUUCAUUUACCCCUAGGAAGCUUUUUGGGAUAGUGAUAACUAGUUUAGGGUUUAACAUGAAUACUUGCACAAGCUUGAGAAUAAGUUCUUGCUUUAAGAGGAUGGAGUUGGUGGUUUGGAAUUAUAAUGAUAGCAACAUGAUGAGAGAGUUCAUUUCUAGCAUCAAAUCAGAUAGAUCAGUAAACAGGAAGAUGAUCAGAGAUGAUCAGAUUGUGAUAUUUUCAAUGUGUAACGAGAGACAAAAUUCCAGUGCCGACUCCUCAUCAUUCUAUGCACAAAAUAAAGGGAAUGCGUCAAGUGUUGUAGGUGAAUCUGGGCCCAUGUCUGGGUCUGGUUCAAAAUUAGGAGAAUUACCUGGAGUGAUGGGAGGAAGUCAAGCAAAUAGCCAUUUUGAAAGCAAAAUUGGAGAAGGAGGAAUUGAUGGAAAUAGGAUCCAAACUCCAAAUAGAAGAAAUUCGUCAAAUUUGAAUGAGUAUGAUAGUUCUCCCUCCUUAACUCAUUACGUGGAUGAAACUCAGAGUGGUACGUUUUCGUCAUAUAUAAUGGGAAGUGGGAGAAUAGGAAGUAUGACAUCCUCUAAGACUGUGAGGUUUGAAGACCCAAAAGGAAUAAGUAUCAGUUCAAAUGGAUCAGGAAUGAUUUCUACAGCAAUUUCGAGCUCUUUUGAUACUUUAAAGACUAAUAACUCAGAAUUGAACGAUGAGUCAAGUCCUAGUAUGAAAUUAGGAACGGGUAUUAAUGGUACCAAAAGUGAAAAUAUGAAUACGGUACCUACACAAAUGGCACCGAAUAGUGGUUAUACAAAUGGGCUAAGUAGAUAUAUGAGAAGGUGGAAUUAUUUAAGUUUGGUAAUGUUGCCUCCAAAUAAUUCUUCGAGUAAAGAAAAUAAGGGAGAAGUUAGAGGAAAUGGAGAAUCAAACUUAAGUUUUGCAUUUAAGUUACCUUUUUACUUAAAAGUGGAUAUUAAUUUAACAGAAGUAACUUUAGUACUUAAUGAGCAACUUCUUGACAAUAUCCGUGGUGAGAUCAUGAAGUUGGUUCAGGUAUGCUUAUUAACUAUUUGGAGUCAGUACAAAGGACUUGGAGCAUUUCCAAUAACAGACAGAAUUCGUGGAUUAGUGCAAGAGGGAGUAGUGAAAGAAACCUUCAAAGAGGAGAAUAAUUUUGAGUUACUUCUGUGUCAUCCUUUUAAUUUAUCAUUAAAUAAAUAUAAUGCAAUUAAUAAGAUGAAUAGAAGAGAUUGGAAUAAGAUUAACUCACUAUUAAAUAAGGUGCAUGUAAGGAUUUCAAUAAAAUUACCUGCAGUGGAGUUAUAUAUGUUAAAUGAAUCAAUAGAAUAUUUCCGUCAAAUAGAUGGGGAUAUAUUCGCGGAGAGGAGUAUUGAUGAAAGAGAAGAAAAUGUUUCAUUUGAUUUAUCAACCUCUUUUAAGCUUUCAGUGGAACCUCAGACUAUUUUGAUUGGGACAAUUAUUGACAAAUUACGUGGAAAUAUUAAUAGAUUAUACUUUAGAGGGUUUCAGAUGAAAUUCGAUACCCAGCAAAAUAUAACUAGUAUAAUUAGGCUUUACUUAAGAUUCAAAAAUCUAAUUUCUGACAGGUAUGGAAAUAUUAUUGCCAUUAUAAACUUAUUCAAGGGUUAUAAGUUUGAUCACAUCUCUAGGCAUUCUUUAACAAGCUUUACUGACCAGAUCUUGAGGCUUCAAUGCGAAGAAUUGCCAGAUACUAAUAAUAUACUACUGAAAGAAUUUACCCUAAGUUUGGAUGAGAGGUCUGAUACUAGACUUCAAACCCAGAAAGAAAAGAAGGAAGAAAAGAGGGAGGAGGAAGGAGGGGAAAAAGAAAAGGAGGAGGAGGAAAAAAGGUUAAAAGUGAAGACUCGGGAAUCCAUGGACUCUUCUAUUAAUAUCUCCAGUCCAGAAGGAGGCACCCAGUGCAUUGCUUCAGCUCCUAUCCCUGAUAGAGCUCCAUCCCCAGUUUCUGCCAGAGUUGCAUCUCCGUUAGUAUCACCUUCAAUAUCUCCAUCAAUUUCACCAGCUCAGAUUCCGUCUCCGUUUGUAUCUCCAACCUUGUCCGCAUACUCUUGUCCAUACCAAUCUCAAUUUCCUGUUUCUACACACAUUCCUGCUUCGGACGUUGUCUCUACUUCUUCAGAAACUACUAAGAUUCCUAUUACAUUGGAGCAGGCAAUUACUACUAAUACUCAAUCAUAUCCAAUCAGAGAAAGACAUUCAGAUACAAACGGAAAUCAUCAUCUUUCUCAGCCUAACAACGUUCAUAUUAAACCUUUCCAUUUCUAUGAAAACCAGACAACAACAGAGGUUAACACUAUUAGUGGAAAUUUUGUGACUAGAAGAAAGUCUAGCAAACUUGUUUUAAUCAAAGAUACGGAAUCUAAUGGCCAUAGAAAUAGUGAUGGCCACCAGCUUAUUAUUGGCGAAGCAAAGGUAGACAGCCACAGUAACCACCCUCAAGCCAAAAAACAAUCAGGUCUAAUUUCACUAAUCAGUGAAGUUACCGUAGAAAAAGAAGCCAAACCAACAAAAAAUAGCGAGAACAUUACUGAAGUAAAACCAUUGCCUCAUCAACAGCCGAAUCAAACAAAAAAAAAAAAACCUCCAAUCUCUCUUAGGUCAGGUUUCAACUUUAAUAAUUGA